AUGCCAACAAGGUCGAGUCAGCCACGUGAUGCUAACGGUGACCCACAACCUGAUGUACUUCGGGAUGUGUCGAAACCUCUUAAGGCAUAUCUCCAUGGGAUCCGUGGCUAUGUCUACCACCAAGAAACUGUGCUCAAGGAUCCAGUCACCCUGUCUAACUGUAUCCCCAUUGACCCUGAUGAUUUUGAUACAUACAGGGCCUCCAGCGCAUUCAUCGUGUUCCACAGCCGCACCAUCCCACAGCCUCUUGUCUCCAAGCCAUCCAGACGAUCACCAGCUGAGGAAUUUGAUCGGGGCAUUAAACUAGAUGCCAACCUCUAUCCAACUUUGUCUGAUGAUAAGCAAUGGGAUAGUUACCGUCGUAAUCUAGAAGCUACUUGUCGCACUCACGGAUUGAAACAGGUCCUUGACCCCAAGUACCAGCCCACCAGCCUUGAUGAGCGAGACCUCUUCGACAGACACCAAUCCUUCUUGUAUCAGGUGUUUGUCCGGACCCUCCUCACCGAUCAAGGCAAGAAGAUUGUUAGACAAUACGAUAAGACUUACGAUGCUACUGAUGUUGUCACCACUGGUGAUCUUGAACCGGAUCCUGGCCCUCCCAUGUUUGACUUCAACAUUGACAUGGACCUUGGCAACUACUAUGCUUACCGCACCUCUUUGUCAUCUGCUCGCAAGACCUUUCUACCUAACAAACUGUGGCAACAAUUAGAUGAUCAAGGUCAACGUGCCUGGCAUCAACUUCCUGAAGCUGCUAAAGCUGUCAUACUUGGUGGUUCCAACAAACCUUUGCCGCCACCACCACCCCCUUGCAUGAUAUGUCGGCCGCUGAUUUCCUUUCUCAGUUUCAGCAUUCGACCAUGGGGAGUGAUGUAG